AUGAAGUUGAACUGGUUACUCGGGAUUCUUCCCAUUGUAGCCGCCAAUUUUGAUGAUUGGAGCAAAGCCGACCUUACGCAAUUCCUUGAGGAUCGUAAUGUCACCGUGCAAAAGGGCGACGACCUUGUGCAACUUGCCGAAGAAGAAUUGAACAAGCUUCGUCAACUGCACCGGGUGGAGGUUGACGUUAACGACGAAAACCAACAACAUGUGCUUGACUUGGCUACCGACCCUCAUGUCGAUUUGAACGAUUUGCCUUACCAAAACUGGCAAUUCCUUGUCUACGAAAAGGGCGACGGAUCAGUGGCUGACUGGUUGUUUGACACAUGGUCAAAUGCUGAGCUUAAGCGGUUUUUGAAGGAAAACCAUGUCAAAACCAACGCGUCCAACAAGAAGGAUUUGAUCAAAGCCAUUCAAGACAACUGGAGCAAAAUUGUGGCCAAGCACCAAAGCAGUGGCAAAUACCCCGGUAGAUGGAUUUACAAGGGGUGGCUGAUCGGUGACUUGCGUCGUUGGUUGGACAAUUUUGAAGUUGAAUACUCCAAGGAUGACAAUAAGGACGCGUUGAUUGACAAGAUCAACUCCAUCAGUUACUAUGCUGCUAAGGAAGUGGAUGACUCCAAGCAGCUGUUGUUCGACUCAAUUGGUCUUGCUGACGCCGAUAUUUUCGACUCAUCUGGCAACAUUAAGGCCACUUUCUGGGACUCGUGGUCGGUAGACCAAUUGCGUGACUGGUUGUGGUACCAUGGCUACCUCGGCUCCUCUGGCUACGACGACACCACCAACUUGAACAAGCUCAAGAAGCAAGCGGCUCAAUACGGUGAUGAAAUGAAACUGGACAUCGAACUGUGGGUCAACUCUACCAAGGACAAGGUUGACCCAUACCUCCAAAAGGGUAAGGAAACUGUAACUGACGCUAUCAACGACACUUUCCUUGUUGGUGUCGACAAGUGGUCGAAGAAGCGCUUGCGUCAAUUCUUGUCUCUGCGUGGAGUCAAGACGUCUCCUUUCGCUUCCAAGGCACAACUCUUGGAUGCGGUGAAGAAGAACCGCAACUUGCCUUUGACGGAAAAGGCCAAGAACAACUUUGAAUGGUUGGUUGGCUCUGUCGACACCCCUUUCCUCGGUAACUGGGUAAAGCAAAAGACUGGCGCCUCCGGUAACAGCCGCCCUGACAUCUUGCAAAAACUCUCUGACUACUUACUGGGCGGGAACUCUCAAAAGGAAUCGUUCAAGGAACAAAUUAAGUAUUACAGACCCGACUACGAACUGUUCCACCACAAGAUCGAGUACCACGUUGAACACGAAAAGGAUGUGGUUGAGCUGGAUGUGAAGCGUGCUUAUGAAGCUGCCGUUAGAUACUACGACGAAACUGUUAAGGAUAUUGAAUCUAAGAUCGACGAAGCCGAAGAUGACAUUGAUGAGGUUCUCCAAGACAUCCAAGACCUGGCGGUUCACUACUCCUACAAGGUGUACGAUUCGUUGGCCCUGGGCGCCAAGGAGGUUGGUGAUACUAUCAACGACAUCCACCAGGCAGUUAAGGACUUUGGUACCCAAUUAUCGGACUACUUGAUUGAACUCAGAGAAGACGCUAAGGAGAAGUGGUACGACGCCAAGUACGACGGUGAACACAACAUCAAACUUGCGGACUCUAAGGCUCGCCAACACGCUAAGGAUGUAAAGAACAAUGCUCAAGAUGCCUGGGAUGAAACUAAGGUUAAAGCCCAACACCACGCCCACCAGGCCGACCUGUACUUGACUCAAUUGUAUAACUGGCUUUUGGGCAGAGUGUACCAAUUCCUUGGCUUGGCUCACCACGACUUGUACCGUGUGGAAAGAGACAGAAAGUACUGGUCGCUGAUUGCUAAGAAGUCGGGUUCCUCGUUUGCCCUGGUGGCUUCGAAGCUGGGCGAAUGGUACGCUGACGCUUACUUCUCGGCUCUUUCCAAGUCGGGUCAUCUGGCUGCUAAUGAAGCGAUGAAGACUGGUAACAAGUACUACAAGGAUGCCAAGAAGAGCGGAGAACUGUUCGCUCUGUUGGCUUCGAAGUCAGGUGCUUGGUAUGCCGAUGCUUUCUACCUGGUGGCUUCCGAAUCGGGUGAGCUGGCUGCUUCUCAAGCUUUGCAAACUGGUCAAAAGAUUUACGAGCAAGCCAAGAAGUCGGGCGAAGAAGUUUUGAGCCGCUUGUCUGACGACGCCGAAUACUGGAAGUCUGUAGCGUCAAAGUCGGGUCACUCGUUCGCUUCGUUGGCCUCGCAAGAAGGGGAACAGUUUGCUCUGUUGGCCUCGAAAUCGGGUGAAUGGUACGCCAGAGCCUUCUACUCGGCUGCUAGCGAAUCGGGUGAAUCGUUCGCUUCGGAAGCCAUGAAGACCGGUCACAGCAUUUACGAGGAUGCUAAACUGAAGGCCGAUAAGGCUUUGAGCCACGUCUCUGCCAAGAAUGAGGAAGCCAAGAGUAAGUUGAGCAAGGACGCUGAUUACUGGGCUCUGGUGGCUUCUAAGUCAGGCAAGUCGUACGCCCUGGUUGCCUCGAAGCUGGGUGAAUGGUACGCUUCUGCCUUCUUCUCGGUUGCCUCGAGGGAUGGUGAAGCUGCUGCUUCGGAAGCCUUGAAGGCUGGUAACAAGAUCUACGAAGAUGCCAAGGCUGCCGCUGAAACCGCCGCCGAUGACAUCGGCUCGAUUAUCCUGGAUGCUGGUGAGAAGGGGUACCAAUAUCUCCAAUCCAGCUGGGAAUCGCUCACCGACUCCCUCGAAAACGCUGAUCUCAUUACCUACUUGCAAUCGUUCGGUUACAACUACCUGUUCUUGAAGAAGUUGGACCGUCGCCACCUCAAGAGAUUGGCGAAAUACCAACUGGACGUCUUCUACGGCCAAACGAAAGACAGCUGGGAUCUUCUGAUCAGAAAGGCGAUCUCUGGUGCCGAAGACCUGUUGAUGAAGAAGUUGGGGAUCAAGCACGAAACGUGGUGGGACCUGGUGAAGUUGUGGUAA